UGAGCCACCGUGCCCAGCCUUAGAAUACUUUACUUGAAGACAAAAUUCCAUACCAUUAACAAUGUUUGAAAGCCUCCAGGUUAGUCUACCCGGACACAGUGGCAUUCCACAUGGCAGAAGAUUAAGUCUGGCUGGACACAGUGGCUCACGCCUGUAAUCUCAACACUUUAGGAGGCCAAGGUAGGAGGAUCACUUAAGCUCACAAGUUCAAGACCAGCCUGGGCAACAUAGUGAGACUAUGUCUCUACUAAAAAUUUUAAGAGUAGUGGGUGCACACCUGUAGUCCCAGCUACUAGGGAGGCUGAGAUGGGAGGGUCGCUGGAGCCCAGGAGGUGGAGACUGCAGGGACUAUGCCACUACACUCUAUCCUGGGCAAUAGAGCAAGGCCCUGUCUCUCAAAAAAAAAAGAAAGAAAAGUCUGGGUUGAGCCCUGGCACCUCCCUUCCUACCUUCACUGAUUCUCUGAACUUUCCUCUCUUCGCCUGUAAAGUAGAUUGUAUGAGGACUCCAUGAGGUCACCCACUUGAAGUCCGUGGCAGAGGAUAACUACCCACAAGGCAAUGACAAUGGCGCAGGGAGGGAUGGCGACUUGCCUGGAGACACACAGCACCGUCUCUCCCAUACUCAGUCAUUCACACCAUCACUGAUUCACCAGGCACCCACUCCGUGUCCAGCAGGACUCCAGGGACCCCAAAUGCACACUACUAUGGAAGCCAACCUGGGUGCCACUGGCCACGGGCCCCGCACGGAGCUUGAUGAUGAAGACUCCUACCCCCAGGGUGGUUGGGACACGGUCUUCCUGGUGGCCCUGCUGCUCCUUGGUCUGCCAGCCAAUGGGCUGAUGGCAUGGCUGGCUGGCUCCCAGGCCCGGCAUGGAGCGGGCAUGCGUCUGGCGCUGCUCCUGCUCAGUCUGGCCCUCUCUGACUUCUUGUUCCUGGCGGCAGCGGCCUUCCAGAUCCUGGAGAUCCAGCAUGGGGGGCACUGGCCACUGGGGACAGCCGCCUGCCGCUUCUACUACUUCCUGUGGGGCGUGUCCUACUCCUCCGGCCUCUUCCUGCUGGCUGCCCUCAGCCUGGACCGCUGCCUGCUGGCGCUGUGCCCACAUUGGUACCCUGGGCACCGCCCAGCCCGCCUGCCCCUCUGGGUCUGCGCCGGGGUCUGGGUGCUGGCCACACUCUUCAGCGUGCCCUGGCUGGUCUUCCCUGAGGCCGCCGUCUGGUGGUACGACCUGGUCAUCUGCCUGGACUUCUGGGACAGCGAGGAGCUGUCGCUGCGGAUGCUGGAGGUCCUGGGGGGCUUCCUGCCUUUCCUCCUGCUGCUCGUCUGCCAUGUGCUCACCCAGGCCACAGCCUGUCGCACCUGCCGCCGCCAACAACAGCCCGCAGCCUGCCGGGGCUUCGCCCGUGUGGCCAGGACCAUUCUGUCAGCCUACGUGGUCCUGAGGCUGCCUUACCAGCUGGCCCAGCUGCUCUACCUGGCCUUCCUGUGGGACAUAUACUCCGGCUACCUGCUCUGGGAAGCCCUGGUCUACUCCGACUACCUGAUCCUGCUCAACAGCUGCCUCAGCCCCUUCCUCUGCCUCAUGGCCAGUGCUGACCUCCGGGCCCUGCUGCGCUCUGUGCUCUCGUCCUUCGCGGCAGCUCUCUGCGAGGAGCGGCCGGGCAGCUUCACGCCAGCUGAGCCACAGACCCAGCUGGAUUCUCAGGGUCCAGCUCUGCCAGAGCCGAUGGCAGAGGCCCAGCCACAGAUGGAUCCUGUGGCCCAGCCUCAGGUGAACCCCAUACUCCAGCCACGAUCAGAUCCCACAGCCCAGCCACAGCUGAACCCCAUGGCCCAGCCACAGUCUGAUUCUGUGGCCCAGCCACAGCUGAACCCCAUGGCCCAGCCACAGCUGAACCUCACGGCCCAGCCACAGUCAGACACUAAGGUCCAGACCCCUGAACCUGCUGCCAGUGUGCCCAGUCCCUGUGAUGAAGCCUCCCCAGCCCCAUCCUCACAUCCCACCCCAGGGGCCCCUGAGGACCCAGCCACACCUCCUGCCUCUGAAGGAGAAAGCGCCAGUGGCGCCCUGCCAGAGACGGCCCAGGGCGCAGGCCCCACGUGAAAGUC